AUUUGCAUACGUUUCUCUCUCUUUCUUGAUUUCUUCCAUUUUAUAUACUAAUCACUUCCCUUUCCCUUUCCUCUUUGAUCCAUGCUUCAGCUAUGAAUUAUCAGCUCCAAGUUUGAAACUUGAACUUCAAACACACUUCACUCAUGAAGAAUGGGGCCAAAGCUUCCAUUGACCUACUUCAGAAUAACACCCACGUAUCUUGUUUUUUCAUCCCGCAAAGAUUUCCAUGGAUACCAUAAGUAUUCCCCAAGAAUAUUUUCAGAGCAGAAAUUUCCCUUCAAGUUCUCGCCCCAGUCGUUGGGGGAUAAACUCAAGCUCAGUGACAUAACUCCCAAUUCUAUACAAGAGAGGUUGAAUGGAUUGCUAUCAAGGACCCAGAAUUUCUUAAAUGAAGUGGCUUCUCCCCUUGCAAAGCCUGGUCAAAAUAGGAAGCCUUCUCAUGAAAAUGAACUCGGGUUUCAAGUAAUGGAAGACAUAUUAAUGGUAGAGGAGACAAUAGAACGCAAAACGCGAUAUGGGGUUCUAUCUCUAGCUGCUGUUAUAUGUAUUGAGCAAUUCAGCAGGAUGAAUGGAUUGACUGGGAAGAAGAUGCAGAAAAUUUUUGAAGCACUUGUCCCGGAACCUGUAUGUGGUGAUGCCCGUAAUUUGGUUGAAUACUGCUGCUUUAGAUUCUUGUCAAGAGAUGUAUCUCGGGUUAGCACCGACACGAAGACAGAAAUUUGUCAGGAUCCUGCAUUUCAAAGGCUGAUAUUCAUAACCAUGCUUGCUUGGGAAAAUCCUUACACCAAUGACCUUUCCAACAACUCAGAGAAGGCUUCCUUACAGAGUAAACUUGUCACUGAAGAAGCUUUUGUUCGUAUUGCUCCUGCAGUCUCUGGUGUGGUUGAUCGACCUGUAGUGCAUAAUCUUUUUAAGGCUCUUGCUAAAGAUCAAUCUGGAAUUUCUUUGAGCUCAUGGCUGACUUACAUUAAUGAAUUUAUCAGAGUGCGUGAAGGAAAGAGGUCAUAUCAGAUUCCAGAGUUCCCUCAAAUUUUAGGGGAGAGAAUUUUAUGCAUUGGUUCCAACAGUAAGCAGCCUGUUCUGAAAUGGGAGGGUAAUAUGGCAUGGCCAGGCAAACUUACUCUUACUGAUAAAGCAAUAUAUUUUGAGGCAGUUGGCUUAUUGGGAGAGAAGAGAGCCAUGAGAAUGGAUCUUACACAUCAAGGAUUAAAGGUAGAGAAGGCAAAGGUUGGGCCUUUAGGGUCUGCACUUUUUGACUCUGCUGUUUCCAUUUCUUCUGUCUCAGAGUCCAAUAGCUGGAUACUGGAAUUCAUUGACUUGGGAGGUGAAAUGAGGAGAGAUGUUUGGCAUGCUUUGAUAAGUGAAAUUAUAGCGUUACACAAGUUCACACAUGAAUAUGGACCUGAUGAUUCUGACGAGUCAUUGUUUCACGUAUACGGGGCUCACAAGGGAAAGGAAAGAGCAACAACCAGUGCCAUUAAUGGUAUAGCUAGACUCCAGGCGCUUCAAUACAUGAGGAAGUUGCUUGACGAUCCCAUCAAGCUUGUUCAGUUUUCUUAUUUACGGAAUGCUCCACAUAGUGACCUCGUCCUUCAGACUUUAGCUGUUAACUAUUGGGGAGGCCCACUGGUUACAGGAUUUGUGAAUACCCGCAAUCAGCCAGAGACUCAAUCCUCUGAAGAAAUGUCUGAUGGCAGCAAUAGCAUCAACCAUGUUUUUGACAUAGAUGGAAGUGUCUACUUGCGGAAGUGGAUGAAAUCUCCAUCUUGGGCAUCUAGCAAUUCCAUUAAUUUCUGGAAGAAUACUUCAACCAAAGGCUUAAUAUUAAGUAAGAAUCUUGUUGUGGCUGAUAUGUCGCUUAUAGAAAGAGCAGCAGAAAUAAGUAAACAGAAAUACCGGGUUGAGGAGAAAACUCAAGCCACCAUUGAUGCUGCAACUCUACAAGGAAUACCCAGCAAUGUUGAUCUCUUUAAGGAGCUAUUUUUCCCCUUCACUCUAACUGUCAGAAACUUUGAAAAGCUCAGGCGCUGGGAGGAGCCACCGUUGACAGUUGCAUUUCUCUCUCUUACCUAUACAAUCAUCUUUAGAAACUUGCUGUCAUAUGUGUUCCCCAUGAUGCUGAUGAUUUUGGCAGUUGGAAUGUUGACAAUUAGGGGCCUUAAGGAGCAAGGUCGCCUUGGACGAUCGUUCGGUAAAGUAACAAUACGUGAUCAGCCACCUUCCAAUACAAUACAGAAGAUUAUUGCUGUAAAAGAUGCGAUGCGUGAUGUUGAAAAUUUCUUACAGCAAGUGAAUGUUGCACUUCUCAAAAUACGUUCUGUUUUCCUCUCUGGCCAUCCACAGAUAACCACUGAGGUUGCACUAGUCCUGUUAGCUUCUGCAACUGCUCUUCUUGUUGUGCCAUUCAAGUACAUCCUUUCCUUUCUUCUCUUUGACUUGUUCACGCGGGAGCUUGAGUUUCGGAGAGAAAUGGUUAGGAAAUUCAUGAAGUUUUUAAGGGAGCGUUGGAAUGCAGUGCCGGCUGCCCCAGUAUCGGUUUUACCAUAUGAAAAUGAAGAAUCAAGAUCACAGAUUUACUUAAAGGAGAGCAAUGACCAAUCAAAAUCACAAGAAAAUAAUAUCAGUGGUAAGUCCAGUAGAUAGUAUCACUAGUUUCCUGGCUGCCUAAGGAAAAUGUGAAGAUGUAAAUUUUGUUUGAUUUUUUUGUAAAGAAAAAUAGAAAGUUUGUGUGCUAGCUUAGUUAUAUUUUGGAUUUGCUACAUAAAAUGCUUGAGUUGGAUAGUACUCUUUUUUAACUUGUGUCUCAUAGGAUUGAAGAAAUCAAUAAUAUAUGGUUUAUUACAA